AUGAGUGGCUUAACUCCCGAAGAGAUAAGGAGACGUCGCUUAGCACGUUUAGCUGCUGUAAAUACGACAAGAGUUCCAACACCAACAGUGUCUGAUGUUAUUCCACAGCAAAUUCCACAAUUGCCCACAAGAAUAACAUUUGCAACACAGCCAAUUAAAACUGAGUCAAAAAAUUUACCUAUGGAAGUUGAAAACAGCAGUACUGAUGUGGAGAUCAAAAACAAUAUUGUUUCUCCAAUUAAAGCCCCUGGACCAUCUACAAUUAUUACCCCAGAAGAAGAUUCAGGAUUUGAAAAUAUGGAAGUUGAUGAACUUAAGGAAUCUAAUUUUCAAGAAAGCAUCACAAGAAAAAGACCAUUGGAAUUACCAGUGAAUUUUCCCAAAGAAGAUAUAACCUUUGUUGUUGUUUUAAAAAUGUUGGAUGUAUCUUGGAGUGAUGAAAGUAAAGGUUUAUUUUUGCCAGAAUUAGCUGCUUAUAUGGAAAAUGAAAAAAAGCAGGAUUACGAAUCUCUUGAGAUACCAAAUAUUAUAAGCAUGGCUAUUCAAGAAGCUCUUAUCUUAGUUAAAAAAAAUUCCAAGAUUUCUCAGAUAAAUGAUAAACUUGAAUACUUUGCCGUAGACUAUUUUGAAGCUUCAUACACAGCUGGAGGAUUAAAAUAUUUGUUUGAUUGUUAUGAUCGUGUUGAAGAAGAAAAACGUCAAUAUCCUAAAAGGAGUAGUACUCCUAAAGUUUUAUCAGCAUUGACCAAUUUACGUUCACAAUGUGUGAAUCAUUGUAUCACAUUACUUACUCACGAAUGGAUUAUGGAUGAUAGAGAUUGGGUUCGAUUUUUUACACCUAUGCAUUCGCCCCUUACACAAUAUUUGUUGAGGGGAAAAGUGCCUAGAGGUUUUAUGAAUGAAAUAUUGAAUCGUGCAGCUAUGAAUCAAGACUUAAUGGAAAAAAUUUUUGUUCCAAUACUAGAACACCUGUACCGUUUGAUGCAAAAUGCUAGUUUUGUUGGCUCUACACAUCGUAAACCCAUUGAAGUGCUUAAUGAACUUACUUCAUUACCUUUAUUUGCAUCCAAAAAUACUUUACCUAUAUGUACUUUAAUAGUUAAAUUAAAACAAUUUAUGCCAAUACAAUAUACUUUAAGUGGUGGUCGUGAACUAUCUCAUACAUCAUAUUUAGGACCAUUUCUUUCCGUUUCAUUAUUUGCUGAAGAUGACCCUAAAGUAAUUGAUAAAUUAUUAAAUUUUACUUCAUUAUCAGACAAAACUGGGUUAAUUGGAACUCUUAGACAAGAAUUACAAACAACUCGUAACGAAUUGAACAAAAUUAUAUAUAAUUUGGUAGUAAAUUCAUGUUCACGAGAUACAACAAUGGAUUAUAUUUCUAAAGUGUUGGUAUAUAAUGAGAAACGUUGCAAAAUGCGUGUAGAUGAACGAACAAUUGCUGGUGAUGGUUUCAUGUUGAAUUUAUUAUCUGCUUUACAAGAGUUAUCAGUGAAGAUCAAAUUGGAUAAAGUAGAUCCAAUGUACAUGUUUAAUUCCAAACAUUCAUUAAUUGAUUUAUCAUCAGAUACAAGACUGAAAUUUACAUCCCAAGAAGCUGCUGAAUGGAUCUCAACAUUACAACCUCUUAAAGAUGUAAAGUUUUCCACUCGAUGUUGGUUUUUAACAUUAUAUUGUCACCAUGUAGCUUUAAUACCAGCUUUCACUAAACAUACUAGAAGGUAUAGAACUGUAAGAGAUCUUCAAAAAUUGAUUGACGAAAUAGCAAAUUCAGAAUCUGAAUGGAAGAGUAACCCCACAUUAGCUGCAAGAAAUAAAGAAUUAAUGAAGAAAUGGAGAGUGCAGCUUAAGAAACUAUUAAAAAGCAAAUCAUGUGGAGAAAUAGUAUUAUACGAUCCAUCUCUUAUAACACGUUGUAUUGUAUUUUAUUCAACGGUUGCUGAGUUUAUGCUAUCUAUUCAUCAAGGUUACCUUUUUGUACCAAAUACUGAUAUAAAGUUUCCUGCUGAAGUUCCAAUUAUAUUAGCUGCUACUCCAGAAUGGUUUGUUGAAGAUAUUGCAGACUUCCUAUUAUUCAUCCUGCAAUAUGCCCCCAAGGCCAUUGAAUUCAAGUUCUUUGAUAAAUUAUUAACAUGGAUUCUUGUUUGUAUUUGUUCACCGGCUGCUUUUAAAAAUCCUUAUCUCAUAGCAAAACUUAUUGAAGUUUUAUUUGUAUUAAAUCCAAGUAUUCAGCCAAGGACCGAAGUUUUGAAUAAUAUGAUGAUGAGCCAUCCACUUUCAAUCUCUCACCUUCCUUCUGCUCUAAUGAAAUUUUAUACAGUAAUUGAAUCUACUGGAGCUAGUUCCGAAUUUUAUGAUAAGUUUACUAUACGUUACCAUAUUAGUUUAAUUCUCAAAAGUAUGUGGGAAAGCCCUAUGCACAGAAGUUCAGUUAUUGCAGAAUCCAAGACUGGAAUACAAUUUGUCAAAUUUGUAAAUAUGUUGAUAAAUGACACUACAUUCUUGUUGGAUGAGAGUUUGGAGUCGUUAAAGCGUAUCCAUGAAGUACAAGAACAAAUGGCAGAUACGGCUACUUGGAAUAAUCUACCUGAAGAUAUUCAGCAAUCUCGAAAUAGACAGCUUUCUGCUGAUGAACGACAAUGCCGUUCCUAUUUAACUUUGGCACAAGAGACUGUAGAUAUGUUCCAUUAUCUUACAAAGGAUAUCAAAGAACCCUUUAUGCGACCUGAAUUAGUUAAUCGGCUUACAGCUAUGUUGAAUUUCAAUUUACAGCAAUUAUGUGGUCCUAAAUGUAAAAAUUUAAAAGUUAAGACACCAGAAAAUUAUGGUUGGGAGCCUAGAAGAUUGCUUAAGCAAUUAAUUGACAUUUAUUUACAUUUGGAUUGUGAAGAGUUUGCUGCAGCUAUUGCUGCUGAUGAACGAUCGUUUAGAAUAGAGUUAUUUGAAGAUGCAGCAAACCGAAUGUUGAGAGUUUUAAAUUCAUCGAAAAUAGAAGCGAUGCAAUUUCAAAGUUUGGCUAUUAAGGCAAAUGAAGUAUCUAUUCAAAAUAUUAAAAAAGAAGUUGAUUUCAAUGAUGCUCCUGAUGAAUUUAGAGAUCCAUUGAUGGAUACUUUGAUGGAUGAUCCAGUAACAUUACCAAGCAGUGGAAAAGUCAUGGAUCGACCAGUUAUAAUUCGUCAUUUAUUAAAUUCACAGACAGAUCCAUUUAACCGACAACCGUUAAGUGAAGAUGAUUUAACUCCUGCAACGGAUCUGAAAGAAAAAAUUCAAAAAUGGAAAAUAGAAAAACUAAAAGCAUUAUCUCAAAAACCUCAACAAUAAGAAAAGAAAUAUUUAGUGAAAUAUUGAUAAUAAUUAAAAACGAUAAUAAUAUUAAAUUUAGUAUAAUGUAUCCAAGUAAAAUCACUUUUUAAUAUUUAUCUUUAGUUUUAAUUAUACUAUUUAUUUAUGUGAUAAAAGAAUGUGUUCUUAACACUAAUAAAAGACUAAGAUAAUACAUAUAAAAUCCAUACAUUAUAUGUAUAUUAUAUAAAAUCAUACGUAUCAUAAUAUAUGUAUUAAUUGAUUUAUUUAAUAGUAGUUUGGUGGAUCUAAGAUUUGUAUUUAUGAAGAUAA